CAAAACUGUCAGUUGUGUUGGAUGAUUACAUAAAUAUAGUAGUUUUUAAUAUUAAAUACCUAAUCUGAAAGUCGAAUGCAGUAUGUUGAUACUUUAUAUAUUUCUGAUACCAGUGGCUACCGUGUAUACAAUAUGCACAGGAAAACCUGAGCCAACAUGUGGUCAAAAUGCGUCAUACGUAGACUGCCCUAACGCCUGUCCAGCAACUUGUAAAUCUCCAAACGAAGGGAUUUGCAACAAGAAAUGUGAACCCAAAGGAUGUCGAUGCAACCCCUCAUAUCUCUUAUCUAAACCAAAAGGAGAAUGCAUUCUUCCAAAGGACUGUCCGGGUGGCAACCCUUGUCCUCAAAAUGAGACUUUUGUUGCUUGCAAUAUAGGAUGUCCGACCAACUACUGCCCGGUUGAUGAUAGUCUUGCGAUUCUUAUAUGUGACCCAGCGUGGCCAUGUCCCGCAGGAUGUUUCUGUAAACAGAAUUACAAAAGGAAAAGUGUGAAAGAUCCUCGUUGCAUACUAGCUUCGGAAUGCCCCCCACUAAAAUGCACUCGUCCUAAUGAGGAAUGGAAUUCAUGUACCAACUCGUGUCUGCGAGAGAACUGCUAUGAUUUGAAGGAAAGUCAUAUUUCUUGUAAACCAUGGGGUUGCGAGCCACGAUGCGCCUGCAAACACGGAUUUUACAGAAAUGAUUCUCGUAUCUGUGUACCUGCAUCUCAAUGUUUUCCAGAAGAGACUUGUGAUGUAAAACCUGAGUGUAAACGAACUUGUGCUCAACCAAACCCUGAAAACUGUUCUUAUGAAACGGUAACUGAAAAUGUAAAAGGCUGUAAAUGUAAACCAGGAUUCAUAUUAUCUGAUAAGGAUGGAGAUUGCAUAGAAAUAGAAAAGUGUCCACAACAAUUAGGAUGUAACAAUGAUCCUAACGCUGUAGUUACAUCUUGCCCACCUCCCUGUCCAGCGACUUGUCAAUCUCCAAGAGACGCACCCUGCAAGAAAAUGUGUUUAGACGUUGGUUGCAGAUGUAAAAACGGAUUCAUAUUGUCCAAGUUAAACGGACUUUGUAUAAAACCGGAAAAUUGCACAGGUGGUGAUCCUUGUGGUAAAAACGCAACAUUUUCAAGCUGCAGCAACAGAUGUCCGUACAAUUAUUGUCCAAAGGACGACUCCCCAACGAGCUACGACUGCUUACCGGAAUCGCCAUGCCCUGCUGGUUGUAUUUGUAAAUUGAAUCACAGAAGAAAGAGUAUAGUAGAAGACCGAUGUAUUCUUGCAUCAGAUUGUCCUCCAGUUAAUUGCACAAGACCCAACGAAGUGUGGAGCUCCUGUCCGUCUGCUUGUUUGAAGGAAAAUUGUGAAGAUGCUGGCAAAAAGCCAUCGGUUUGCAAUACUCUUGUUCUUAACUGCCAGCCAAAAUGUGUUUGCAAACCAAAUACCUAUAGGGAUAAAAAUAAAGUGUGUGUGCCAGUCGAUAAAUGCCCCGCACCACCACCUAUUAAAUGCGGAGUCAACGAAGAAUAUUCAAAGUGCAAAAUAAAAUGUCCACCGCAAUUUUGUAACAAUUCAUACACUGACUAUGGCAUUUGCCCAAAUGUUACCAAAUGUGAACCUGGGUGUAACUGUAUUAAGGACCAUCUCAGAGAUUUUAAAGGAAAUUGUGUCCUUAAUGACAAUUGUCCUCCACCACCGACUCCUUGUGGCGGCAAUGCGACAUCAACAGACUGUGCUUCGGCAUGCCCUGCCACCUGUGAGACUCCAAAACCGGAAUUUUGCAUAGACCUAUGUAAACCAAAUGUCACGUGCCAGUGUAUGCCUUCUUAUGUCUUAUCACCAAACGGAAACUGCAUUUUGCCGGAGGACUGUCCAGCCCCACCACCACCUGUAUGUAGUGAGAAUGAAGUAUCAAUAAUUUGUAAAACACGGUGCACAUCUGAUUCAUGUGACAGUGGAAAGCCAAAAGGAUUUUGUAGGCCAGGCCCUUGUCGUCGCGAUUGCAUUUGUAAAGAAGGCUAUGCACGAGAUUCAAAUGGGAAAUGUAUUCCAAAAGAAAAAUGCCCCAAAAUACCAACUCCUUGUGGCGCUAAUGCGACACACACAGACUGCGCAUCAUCAUGCCCUCCCACUUGUCAGACUCCAAAACCAGGCAUCUGCCCAGCGGUAUGUAAACCUAACGUAGAGUGCAAAUGUAAACCUUCUUAUGUCCUAUCACCAAAAGGAGACUGUAUUCUACCAAAAGACUGUCCAGCACCUUGUAGUGGAAAUAAGACAUUCACAGACUGCGCUUCGUCAUGUCCUCCUACUUGUGAAUCGCCAAAACCUGGUCCCUGUGCAGCGGUGUGUAAACCUAACGUAACCUGCCAAUGUAAGCCUAGUUAUGUCCUGUCACCAAACGGUGACUGUAUUUUGCCGGAAGACUGUCCAGCACGACCUUGUGGCGGCAACGCGACACAGACAGACUGUGCUUCGUCAUGUCCUCCCACUUGUGAAUCGCCAAAACCUGGUCCAUGUGCAGCGGUGUGUAAACCUAACGAAACCUGCCAAUGUAAGCCCGGUUAUGUCCUGUCACCAAACGGAGAGUGUGUUUUGCUACAGGAUUGUCCAGCACCACCUACAUGUGGUGGCAAUGCAACAUUAGUUGAUUGCGCUUCGUCCUGCCCAUCUACUUGUCAGACGCCUGAUCCACAAUCCUGUAUAGCGAAAUGUAAUUCCAACAGCUGCCAAUGUAAGCCUUCAUAUAUUCUUUCGAAACCAAAGGGAGAAUGUAUUUUACCGGUAGACUGUCCAGGAGGUACCCCAUGUUCGCAGAACGCAACGUUUUCAUCAUGUAAUGUGAAAUGUCCGAAUAGUUAUUGUCCCGUAGACGACAGGCAGGGGAUUAUCAUAUGUGAUCCCCCUCGACCCUGUCGCUCGGGAUGUUCAUGCAAACUGAAUUAUAAAUUGAAGAGUAUUAAAGAACCACAAUGUAUACUGGCUGAAGAGUGUCCACCAGUAAAAUGCACACGACCUAAUGAGGAAUGGAACACAUGUCCAACGUCGUGUUUAAAAGAGAACUGCGAAGACCUAAAGUUAACGAACACAGCGUGUAAGCCGUCGCGGACGAACUGUCAGCCGCGUUGUGCUUGUAAAGAAGGAUUCUAUCGGAACUCUUCGAGAAUUUGCGUACCAGCUUCGGAAUGUUUUCCAUCAAAGAAGUGUGACAUUUCUAACAAAUGUAAAGCCACUUGCGACGAACCGAAUCCUAAGAACUGUCCUUAUCAAGCUGCUACUGAGAACGUGGAAGGUUGCAAGUGUAAACCAGGUUAUGUUUUAUCAGACAAAAAUGGAGAAUGUAUCAGAAUUGAGGAAUGCCCUGUGGAAACGGGAUGCAAUGGAGAUAGUAACGCUGUAAUUACAAAAUGCCCUCCUCCAUGUCCGUCUACAUGUGAUUCACCGAAUGAAACGCCUUGUAAAAAGAGUUGUUUGCCCGUCGGCUGUAAAUGUAAGGAUGGAUUUAUUUUGUCUAAAUUAAAUGGACUCUGCAUUAAACCAGAGAAUUGCACAGGUGGUAAUCCGUGUAGAAAUGGAGUAUUUUCCACUUGCACUAACAAAUGUCCAUACAACUAUUGUCCUAUAAACGAUUCGCCUCCAGAUUACAACUGUACGGCAACAAGUCCUUGUCGUUCUGGUUGUGUUUGCAGAUUUAACCACAAGAAGAAGAGCAUGACUGAAGACCAGUGUAUCUUGGCCUCGGACUGUCCUCCGGUUAACUGUACAAGACCUAACGAAGUAUGGGAUUCCUGUCCCUCAGCUUGUCUAAACGAAGGUUGUGAGAAUGCAGGCAAAAAAACUCCAAUAUGCUACACACUUAUAUUAAACUGUGAUCCGAGGUGUGUCUGCAAGCCUAAUACUUACAGAGACAAAAAUAAUGUUUGUGUACCAGUGGAUCAAUGUCCUACUCCACCUGUUGUGUGUGGUGAGAAUGAAGUCGAAACGUGCAAAUUUGAUGACGAUGAUACUGAACUAAGCGUUUGUAAACCAAAAUGUGACUGCAAAGAGAAUUACUCAAGAGAUUCUAGUGGACAAUGUGUUCCUGAUACACCUUGCCCUCCAAAUACUUGUGAUGUUCCACCUGAAUGUAGACGUACAUGCGCCAAACCUAAUCCGAAGAAUUGUUCUUCUCAAGAAGUAUCCGAGAACGAAAACGGUUGUAAAUGCAAGCCGGGGUAUAUUCUGCUAGAUAGACACGGUGAAUGUGUGAAAAUCGAGGAAUGUCCAUCGGAUUUAGGCUGCAAUGGCGACAUCAAUGCUUUGGUGACUCAGUGCCCGCCGCCGUGCCCUUCUACUUGCUCGGGUCCUAAUGAAAUUCUCUGUAGAAAGGCCUGUCUGGAUGUUGGAUGUAAAUGCAAAGAGGGAUUCAUCUUGCCCGAGCUGAAUGGACGUUGUAUACCACCAGAUGAGUGUAAAGGUGGUAAUCCUUGUGGAAAGAAUGCAACAUUUUCAAGCUGUAGCAACAGAUGUUCCUACAAUUAUUGUCCUAAAGAUGAUUCGCCUCCUAACUACAACUGUUCUCUCCCAUAUCGGUGUCCUUCGGGAUGUGUUUGCAAUCUAAACUACAGAAGGAAAAGUAUUGAUGACAGACAAUGUAUCCUCGCAUCCGAGUGUCCUCCCGUGAAUUGUACAAGACCUAAUGAAGUUUGGGACUCUUGUCCAUCCGAUUGCCUGCAAGAGAAAUGCGAAGACGCUGGUAAACCAGCGGUGCCGUGUAAUACAUUCGUUUUAAAUUGCCAACCGAAGUGUGUGUGCAAAAACAACACGUACAGGAAUAAAGAUAAAAUUUGUGUUCCAGUCAACAAAUGCCCAAAGAAGAAACCAAUCCCGUGUGAUCCGACACCAAUUAACUACUGGAAUACCUAAAACAACAUAAAACCUACGAAACCUUUUAUAAAUUUUAAUAAAAUAACUUUUUUUUUGUUAAUGGAGAGCAUUUCGAAUAAUAUACAUAGAAAUUUUAAGCAGAAAUAUGAAA